CAAGCACGAAGUGUCUGCCCAGACUAAUUAUACAGAAUGGAACAAACCAUGAAAACUUCCAGCACCAACGGUGACAAUGCAUCAGCCAUUGAGGGAAGCGAACAACACACUACCUUCCUCGGUCGACCAGUUACCAUCUUGACGCUGGGCACCGGUAAUUCCAGCGGUGACGGCGGCGAGCGUCCAUCUAAACGCGCACGCGGUCUGAACAAAAACGACAACGCUAGCGGCGACGGGGCUCCAGGGGAAAUACGCCAGGUUGUCCGUUGCAUGCUGCGUGCCCACAAGCUGGGGCUGCUGGUGCCGCUGGUGUAUUCCGCGGACCCCCUCAGCGGGCAGCUGGUGAUGGAGCAGCUGGGCGCGGCUGGCAGCGGCAGCGGUAGCGGUAGUGGCAGCAGCGGCAGGAGUCUUGGGGAUUUGCUAGCGGAGGAGAGGGAGCGGAGGAAGGAGGGGAAGGGGCAACUGCAGGAGAG